AUGGGCUGUGGCUACUCCGUCUACUCUGAAAAGGAUGAUGUUAUCUUCAAACACACCAAAGCUCCCGCCCCUGGUAUCCGCAAAGUGGUAAAGAUGUUCAAAAAGGAGAAUGGUCUCCUCUUCCGACUUGAGCUCCAGGGCGGGGAAUGGGCCUUUUAUAAUGAUACGGAUGAGUAUGAAUUCCAUGUGCGGUAUGUGUUUAACGGCGACAGUGAUAUAGAUGCCCUGGAUGAUGCCACUCUCUCUGAGAUGGAUGACGGCACUGUAGUGGUGGAACUCAUCGUCUAUCCACGAGAGACGGCGAUGUUUGUUAAGGGCGACAUCACAGGCGCGCAGGGCAGAGUGGAGGCACAGCCCGUCUCUGAGCGGUACAAGCGGGAAAAGAUAAAGAGAAAGGUCCUUGCCAAGGGAGGCUAA